CCUGAUAGCUGACCUAAAAAAGGGGCGCGAUAUGCUUGCCAACGAGGACUGGAAGGGAGGAAAAUUGUUGGUAGAGACUCAGCAGAACGAACGCGCGUGGGCAGUGGGUUUUUCAACUGUCGCGAUUCCCAGUGCUUUAGCCGACUGCUUGCGCGACGACGCGAAGGCACUCAAAGUUAUGACCAACGACUACGAGAGGGGCCGCCCCGCUUUAUUGCUCAGUUGUCCUUGAAGCCUAUCCAUAGCGCGGGCUCCUCUCAAAUUAUUUAUGGCAGUAGAUUCAUUGCCAGCGGCCUUCUACUAAGUCUAAGACGCCGCACCCCUUUUAGCAAGCAAACAGAGGGAGAACAGGCACUACAAGAAGAGGCCUAGUUCUCGGGCCCUCCUUGUCGGGGAAGCAAAGUCUUAUUCUGUCUGGCAGAAAGACCUCGGGAAACCAGGAACAUUUAGGGGGUGGCGUUUUUAUUUCCAUCGCGCACCGGCGCAGAACACUGGCCACCCAUGUCUUUUACCAGAAGAUGGUUACUUAGCGCUUGGCGCGCCUCGUUGUGUGGAGAUACGUCAUGAUUCUAAUAAGAAGAAACCAGGGACGGAGCGGGCCACGAUAUUGACUAAGGCAGCGGCAGCCCUGAAGGGGCUCUGGAAUGACAUCGGGGAGAAAAUAGAAAACAGCUACGGACGAUUCUAUCGCCUUUGCGUAUCAUGUAGAUGCAGACUAGUAGCCAUAUGAUGCACGCCAAAAGAGAUGCUGCAAGAAUGUAGGUCC